CCCUGCAAAGUUGUCUGCUGACGCUUCCUGACGCUCUGAAAUACGGUCCGCGGCCUAGCAAGCCUCGGCCCUGACUUCCAGAAUCAUAUCCGCAGCAUAGCGACCGACAUCCCACAAUGCAGCUCCAGAAGCGCGCUGCCGGCCUGCGCGCCGCGUCCAGCCGUCGCAGCACUGUGCGCGUGUGCGCGCAGGCCCAAGUGGCCACGGUCACCGCGCGCCCGGCCGUUCGCAGCGUCGAGCACGAGGUGCCCGCUGAGCUGGAUGUGGAGGCGAUGUACAAACGCCUUGAGGCCCGCUCAAAGGCCCUGAUUCAGCUGGAGGAGCGCGAGUCUUCGACCUACCCCAAGGUCAAGUUCACCCUGAAGCAGAAGGUUGGCCUGGGCGAGUGCUGGAAGAUCGUGGCUUCUAGCGUUUGUUUGCUUGGUUGUUCGGUUGCGUCUGUCUCACACAUUGCGUUGGUGGCGCUCUGUAUCCUCGUGGACACCACAGGUAUGUGCCCCGAGCUGGGCCGCAUGAAGCCCGAGGUGGCGCCCUACAUGCAGUGGACCAACGGUGACGUGUGGACUCUGGAGGCCAAGAUGCGCCCCGGCACCUACGAGUUCAAGGCCGUGCUGCGCAAGCCUGACGGCUCGUACCUGUGGGAGGACGGCAAGGACCGCGUGCUCGAGGUUCCCUUUGGCGCCUCGGGCAAGAACGUGGAGCUGACCAACAUCAAGUUCCCCGGUGCCUAAGGCCCCGCCGCGACAGACCGCUGAGCCCUGGCUGCUCCGGGCCGUGAUGUAACGACGCGUUGAAAGUUGGAAAGAGGCUGAACCAGCCCGGGCUGGCCUUGAAUUUGCAUACCCGGCAUUAUGUUGUUGACUGCAUGACGCCCACAACCAACCCCUGGUGGUGCAUUGCAUGCUGGCGCUCACCCCACGACGCGGCUUCCGCGGGCUUUGAUGAGCAUGGUGGUACGGGGGUUCGAGACAACGCAGGCACGACUACGCGCGCACGCGCGCACGCGCGCACGCGCGCACGCGCGCACGCGCGCACGCGCAGCGCCCAGACCCAAGUUUUGACAAGUAUGCUAUUCUUUAAGUAUCAUUUGUCGCAGUGUUGUGCAGUUGCUUGAAGACUUCGUGACAGGCGCUGAGGCUGUGUACGUAUUGCUGUAUGAUAAAAUGCGGUUCUAGUAGUGAGGGACGCUGCCUCCGGAUCAGGCAUUGCGGCUGUGGCUGCGUGGCAGGGCAAUGUAGCGCCGUAGUUGGCGCUCGCGCUUGUCGCCGCAGCACUGCCUCUGUCGAACUCUGGGUGGCAGAGCAAGGUUGCUGGUGUUGUGAUGGAGCUUUUCAGCCGCGCAGGUACGCGAUGGCUUGGCUCCAGUUUCCAUGGAUUUUGGGUCAAGGGGGUCCUGAGUGGUGCAGAAGAGCAAGGGCAGGUGAUACGGGCAGUAAGUUGCGCCCGAGAGAAGAGGAGAGAAGCUUGAGCCGAGAACGGUUAACGAGGGCGGACGCCCCGACAGGGGUGCAUACUGGCGUGUGGGGACGCGACCUUGGCAAGAGGCCCUAGUGCACUAGGGGGGCAUGUCGCACUUGUGGGGGAGGGCACUGCACGAGGGCACUGUAACGGUGCGAGGAC